UGUACCUGCAGCUAUCUGCAAAGCAGGGUAAAGAUCUUUUACUUUGGAAUAGGAAUUCACUUUUUUUUGGGGGGGGUGAGGGGAAGAUUACUAGUGCCGAUACAUUGAGAUACAAGAUAAUAAACUCAAACUGAUUGCACCUGGCUGGAGCACUGUACAGCGUGCGCGCUGUACCUGUCCGGUGAUCAAGUUCAGAAAGAAGUGGAGUAAAAAAAAAAAAAGCAGUAGUACCUGUAGCUCGAGUUCUGCCGUCUCUUCCUCAGUUCGUUCCUACACCUCUACCUGCACAGACUUGAAAGUCCAGUUUCACAAGCAAGAACAGGAGAGGGAAAAAAGGGGAGUUUGUUGGAGCAAAUAUGUCACAGGAGACGGACAACAAGCGGUUGGUGGUAGUUGUGCCAAACGACAACUCCUUUCACCCCAGACGGGCCUACACCAGCGAGGAUGAGGCAUGGAAGUCGUACCUCGAAAACCCCCUCACUGCCGCCACCAAGGCCAUGAUGAGCAUCAAUGGGGACGAGGACAGUGCGGCGGCUCUGGGCCUGCUGUACGACUACUACAAGGUUCCUAAAGAAAAGAGAUUAUUGCCUGUAGCCAAAGUCCCCGUCGUUGAGAUCCAAGAAGAGCAUGAGAAGAGGAGCUGUAUGGGCGGGGCUGAUGGGCAGGGGGACAGCGACGGCGUGGACAACCGCGUGCAGGUGCUGAAGUCGGUGCCGGUGAACCUGUCCCUGAACGCGGACCACCUGGACUCCCCCUCCAAGAGGGACCCGUACGGCGCGGCGCCCCCCCCGGAGGGCGGCGCGGCCGGCGGGGGCGUGCCGGCGGUCACGGUGGUGAAGGCCGAGGUCUACGCCCCCGUCUUCAUGGGCCCCGGAGUGCACUACUCGCGGGCCGAAGGCGAGGAGCUGCCGCGCGUCGUCGUCUACGAGCAGAGCCCCUACGACGUGCCCGCGGUCAGCCACUCGGCCUACAUGAAGGACGACCAGCGCAGCACGCCCGACAGCACGUACGAGGACUCCUACAAGGACGAGCAAGAGAAAUAUCGCACGUCGUCUUUGGGGGCUGAAGAAUUCAUCUACGAUCCUCCGGGAGUAGACACCUUCCAGUACACAUUAGAAGCGACAAAGUCUCUUCGGCAGAGGCAAGGGGAGGGGCCAAUGACCUAUCUGAACAAAGGACAGUUCUACGCCGUGACGUUGAGUGAGACGGGAGCCAACAAAUGCCUUCGACACCCCAUCAGUAAAGUCAGGAGCGUCAUCAUGGUGGUGUUCAGUGAAGACAAGAACCGGGACGAGCAGCUGAAGUACUGGAAAUACUGGCAUUCGCGCCAGCAUACAGCCAAGCAGAGAGUCCUUGAUAUCGCUGACUACAAGGAGAGCUUUAACACAAUUGGGAACAUCGAAGAAAUUGCUUACAACGCUGUCUCUUUCACCUGGGAUGUGAAUGAAGAGGCAAAGAUCUUCAUCACGGUGAACUGCCUGAGCACGGACUUCUCCUCCCAGAAGGGAGUGAAGGGCCUGCCGCUGAUGAUCCAGAUCGACACCUACAGCUACAACAACCGCAGCAACAAGCCCAUCCACCGUGCCUUCUCCCAGAUCAAGGUCUUCUGCGACAAGGGGGCAGAAAGGAAAAUCCGCGAUGAAGAAAGAAAACAGAACCGCAAGAAGACAAAGGGACAGGCCGCCGCCCAGUGUAAUAACACCAAAGAGGGGGCGCCGGGGGGCGAUAUCUCUGAGAACUUCUGUUCAUUUUCUUCCCCGUGCAGCAUCCUGGUCAACAUGGAUGACAACAUCAUUGAGCACUACUCUAACGAGGACACUUUCAUACUGAAUAUUGAAACCUUCGCAGAUGCUUACAAAGUGACUCUGAUGGAAAUCUGA